AGCGAGCCAGCCAGCCAGCCAGCCAGCCAGCGGCUGCUGGAGCCGCCGCCGCCGCCGCAGCACAAGGGCAGUCGCGCCACGGUGCGAGGCUUGGGCCAGGACGCUUGGUGUCCCCGCUCCUCGCCGCGCCCGCCGCAACGCAGAUGGAGCAAGAAGAUAACCAGGGUAUGUGUGAACACCAGGACUCAGAAGACGGAGCGAUGGGCUCCGAUUUUGAGAACACGGAGGACAGGGAAGGGGACCCAGAAGAAAGAGGAAUGGGCUUGAAUUCACAGGAUGCAGAAGAAAGAGGCCACCUGGAGCUGGAGAUGGGCUCCAGCCCCCAGGAGGAAGCUCUCAGUGAGGACUUCAGGGGAAGGGAAGUCGUGUCCAACAUCUGCACAGAGGGAUUGCUGAGUGAGGAGGAAGCUGUUGCUCUCCAUGAGGAAGAUGAUCAGCCUGGUGUGGUUGACAUGGGGAUGUUCCCAGGUCUGUCUGAAUCAGACAGCAUAUCCCGGAGUCCCCAGGAAGAGGAGGAGGAGGAAAGUACUGGAGAGAAUAGGUUGGAAGAGGAAGAAGAGCAGCCGCCACCUCCCAUACUUCCCUGGAGGCGCCACCUGUCCCUGGGAAGUCGCCACCGAGGUGACAAACCUGCUCACCGCCGCUUCCACCGCCUCCACCACCCCAUGGCCAUGGAUCUCGGGGAGCUAGACAGCCUGGUGGCUAGCAUCAUGGAUGCGCCCACCAUCUGCCCCGACUGCGGGGAGAGCUUCAGCCCAGGUGCCGCUUUCCUACAGCACCAGCGUAUUCACCGCCUGGCAGAGGCCGCCGCGGUAGCCAGCCUGGAGCCUUUCGGCCUGGCGGGCGAGUGCGGAGCUGUGGUGGGGAUGAUGGGGAUGGGCGUGGCAGGGGGCUUUGGAGCUGGGCCCACACUGGCCCGGCCCCCGCGCGAAAAGCCCUUCCGUUGCGGGGAGUGUGGCAAGGGCUUCAGCCGCAACACCUACCUGACAAACCACCUGCGCCUGCACACUGGCGAGCGGCCCAACCUGUGUGCCGAUUGCGGGAAGAGCUUCAGCUGGCGCGCGGACCUGCUCAAACACCGGCGCCUGCACACCGGUGAGAAGCCCUAUCCGUGCCCAGAGUGCGGUGAGGCUUUCAGCCUCAGCUCGCACCUGCUGAGCCACAGGCGUGCGCACGCGGCCGCCAGCGGUGCAGGUGCUGCAGCGCUGCGGCCCUUUGCCUGUGGGGAGUGUGGCAAGGGCUUCGUGCGCCGUUCACAUCUGGCCAACCAUCAGCGCAUCCACACGGGCGAGAAGCCUCAUGGUUGCAGCGAGUGCGGCAAGCGCUUCAGCUGGCGCUCGGACCUGGUGAAGCACCAGCGCGUGCACACAGGAGAGAAGCCCUACAUGUGUUCAGAGUGUGGUGAGACCUUCAGCGUCAGCUCACACCUCUUCACGCACAAGCGCACGCACUCGGGUGAGCGGCCUUAUGUGUGCCGCGAGUGUGGCAAGGGCUUUGGGCGCAACUCGCACCUGGUGAACCACCUGCGCGUGCACACAGGCGAGAAGCCCUUCCGCUGCGGCCAGUGCGAGAAGCGCUUUAGCGAUUUUUCCACGCUCACGCAGCACCAGCGCACGCACACCGGCGAGAAACCCUACACGUGCAUUGAGUGCGGCAAGAGCUUCAUCCAGAGUUCGCACCUGAUCCGCCAUCGCCGCAUCCAUACCGGCAACAAGCCGCAUAAGUGCGCAGGCUGUGGCAAAGGCUUCCGCUACAAAACGCACCUUGCACAGCACCAGAAGCUGCACCUGUGCUAGGGUUAGGUCGGAGGGAGGUCGCCCUCUGUGAAGCAUGUAGGGAAUAGGUGUCCUGGGGACAAACCCUAUUGAAAGAAGUGGGGAAGGGGCGGGAGGGGCAAGCUGAGAGUGACUGAGGAGCCUUUGAGUGUUAAGGAGUCCCCAGUAAGAGUUGUUAUUUUGGGGUGCUAUAUUUUUGCCUACUUCCGCUCCAAGAAACUUUUGGGAGAUGUGUUUGAGUAAUGACUUCCUCAAAUAUACCCUGUAGGGAGUGAAGGGGCUUGGAGGAAUAGGUGAUUUGAGGACCUUGAGGAAGGGGGUUUGGAGAGUGGGGGUGGGAAACAGGAUGGCAGGCAGUAGAGUAGAUUGGGCUACAAUGACCUGGGGGAAUCAGGGGAGGAAGUAUGGUUGGAGUGAGAAUAAAGUAUAAUGCGGGUAUAAAUGAUUCUGAACUGGUCCAACCAGGUGGUAAGCCAGUGUUUGCCCUGAGCUCCCAAAUCAGCUAUAAUCGAGGAGACUCUUGUCCAUCCUGAAGGAGAGGAUAUUUAGUAUACUCUUCCUUUCUCUGAGCCACAGUUAGCUGCUAUUUUGAGGCAUCCAAGGGAAACUGGGAAGAAAACUACACAUCCUCAUUUCAAGGGGCGACUUCUAGGGUGUAGAAAUACAUUUGUAACUGGUUCUUAGAUCUCUUGAAAAAUCCAGCUCUUGCUUCUGAUUCCUUGGUACUGCCUUGAACACCCUCUAACUUUGUGCUAGGUCAAAAUCAUCUACGUGGGUGACCUGCCCCUUGCCCUGUGUCAGGUAUGUGCCAGGCCCAGUAUUUCUUUAAGGUGUCACUUGUGAUCCGGAAAAUGGAACAAUCUCAGCUAUGUGUGACCUUCCCCUUUCCAGGUCAGCUUGAUGUCUGUGUUUCAAGUGAACCCCAGAUGGUAAGCUGCUAUCCUAAUAAUGAUCUGCUACAGAAGUCAGUUAGCUUAGGAGGUUUUUCUGGCAGUAUGUGAAAAAUCCAGGAAAGCAAAGUUCACAAGUUGGAAUGCAAGGCUCCUUUGUCUUUUUGCCUUCAAUUUGCAUGUGUGCCCUGUACCCCGCUCACCCCCAACUCCAUUCAUAUUGAUGAGGGAUCUAGUUCAAGCAAGAAUUUCUUUUUUCCUUCACGUGGAGGCACAGUGGAAAUCUCAAGGCUUUACACAAAGAGGGCAAAGUCAGGGAGAGGUGUAAAUGCAAAAUUGCCAAAUAGCACAAGCAAUGAAUGUUUUCUAGUUGUUAUAUAGAUGCCAAAAUAGCACUUAUGUAUUUGCAAAGUGCUUUAUGCUUUUUAAUGAUUGUUAGUUGUUUCUCACAUCUUUGUGAGCUAAAUCAGUAUUAUGACCUCUGUCUUAGGGAAAGCCUGGGGGCAGGAAUAUGGCAGGCUGACCUGAACAAAGGCUGAGGACAGUGUGAAGAGGUAUGGCCUCACCUUUUGUGUUCUCCAGCUCAGCUGCU